UUUCAAAAGUGCUUUUUCGAUAAACAAACUCUCUUUCAUAUUGAUACUGAGAUUGCAGUGUAGCAAAAGCUUGCAGAGCUUUUUGCAAUCAUCUGGCAGCGGACGCCAGACGCAGCGUCGACAGCUGACACAAACAAUUGCGUUUAGUUCAUAACAAUUUGCUAGAGCGGCGGGGAUACGCAUUCUAAAUGCAUAUAGUACAAAGUAGCAUAACAUUAAGUAUUAGUUACGUAUUUACUCCCUCUACAUCCCUAUAUACAUAGAGUACACACACAUAUUCAUACAUAUAUGUGUAUUUAUGUGUGUCGUUAGGAGCUUGCAUACAUUUUUGAAAGGUAAAAGGUUUUGUUGAAAUAAAAUGGCCCAAGUGCUUAGACAAUUGCAAAAUGUUGUCACUGCCCAAGGCAAGUUGCAUCCCAUGGUCAAGGGGGCAGUGACCUAUGCGCUAUUGUGGCCCACGGGCAGCCUGAUUCAGCAAACUCUCGAAGGACGCAAUCUGAAGAAUUACGAUUGGGCGCGUGCCCUGCGCUUCAGUCUCUUCGGUGGUCUCUAUGUGGCGCCCACACUUUAUGGCUGGGUGCGCCUCUCCAGCGCCAUGUGGCCACAGACCAGUCUGCGUGUUGGCAUCGUCAAGGCGCUAACCGAACAAAUCUCUUAUGGACCCUUUGCCUGCAUCUCAUUCUUCAUGGGCAUGAGUCUGCUGGAGCGCAAGAGUUUCGCUGAGGCUGUUGAGGAGACCAAACAGAAGGCAUUGCCCACAUACAAGGUUGGCAUCUGUGUUUGGCCCUUCAUUCAGACGCUGAACUUCUCGCUGGUGCCGGAGCACAAUCGUGUCGUCUUUGUCAGCAUUUGCAGCCUGAUGUGGAUCAUCUUUUUGGCAUACACAAAGACGCGUCAGUUGAGUCACGAUGAAGACACCGUGAAUGCCGAUGCAGUUGCUCCGAUUAUUCAGGCUGCAUAAGUUGCGCUCUGUUGUUGUCUGUUAUGUAUAUAAUGCGUGUUGUUUAUAGUACAAUUUUUGGUAGGUCAAUAAAUUGCAUUUAAGUACAACUUCUU